AUGUUCGGUAAUUUUAAACCAUUAUCUACGCUCCUUGAUAUAAACGAUCAAAGUACCUCCGCUGGUAACAGGCUAGACAAUGGCGUGCGGGUUGAGGAGAACGGAUUAUAUAUGGUUCUAUGGGAUACCGGAAUCACAGGGAAAUACCACUGGGGUUUGCUUGUCGCUCAGACAAAUACCUCUGGCGUCCUUUGCCAUCAAGCACUGAGUGGGCCUAACUGGAAGUUUAUUGUGGAAAUCAAGGACUUAUCGGUGUCAAAAUCGGUCUUGCUCGCUCUCAAAGUUGGAUAUCUUGAAAAAACCAACGACGAGUGGUUGUCGGCGAUGAAAUCUAUAAUCCGAAAUGCUACGGUGCACGGAGAGCUCACCUGUCGUACCUGGGCGCUGGCAGCCCUUUACGAGCUCGCCUCUGCGGGAUUUAUUGAUCUGGACCCUAAUUGGGAUCAUGUACAUGGGAUCGAGGAGGAGGCAAAAAGACUGGCAGAGCAUGCAAGAUUUACCGACACCAAGUUCGUUCAGCCGAGCCAGUCAGCUAAACUACAAUGA